UCAUAACUUGACAAGUAGUAGUUCUUUUCCCACACACACAGGGGCUGAAAAAAUUACUGAAUUUGAAGGCAAGAUAUUUCUAUUUCAAGGCAAGUUGAAGAUCGUAGAUCUUAUUUUCGUAAAAAUAAGAUCAAUUCUCAAUUUUACAAUAGAUUUCAAAGGAUCAAUUGUCCUCCAUAGUUUUCAGUUUCACUCACCGUAUAGUACACACAAAAAGAAAGGUUUCAGAAACGGGUUCAUGGUGAUUCUUCAUCAUCGAUAGAUAGUCGACAAUCUUCAACAUUACUUUACUACUCUCCAAGAAAGUGAAAUCGUCUCCGUGCAUUCUUGUCAUCUAUCUGUUCAUCCUGGGCUCAGGUUUUAAUUUGAGAAAUGCAGUGAGAAUGGAUCACAUCAGGUUGUAGACAUCGUUCUGAUUCAAAUUACCGCACCAGUAUAUCGAGGUUGUGUUGGAAAUAUAUACUGAAUAGUGAGUACUGAUGAGUGAUGAGGACUACCUCAUCUGAAGAAAUACUGUAUCAACACUGUCAGUAAGGAAAGCAUAAUGCGAUGGAAGGAACACAAGGCCAGUAUUAUUCGUCCAGUCCACCUGAGUCUUCCUUACCUCAUGACAGUGCUGGGAGGUCUUACUUCAAUGGGCAAGUUAGUCGUGGGCCUCAUAUAUCAGGCUUGAAAAAGAGAGGUCACGGAAGUCGCUCAUGGAUAAAAAUUGAUCAGGAUGGAAAUUCUGAGACCAUGACUCUUGAAAAGGCCACUAUUAUGAGACAUUGUUCUUUGCCUUCUAGAGAUCUCCGGCUAUUGGAUCCGAUGUUCAUAUAUCCUUCUACAAUAUUAGGACGGGAGAAGGCUAUUGUGGUCAACCUUGAGGAAAUCCGGUGUGUAAUCACUGCUGAUGAGGUCUUCCUAAUGAACUCGUUGGAUGGUAGUGUUGGUCAGUACAGGUCAGAAUUAUGCAAUCGCCUUCAGAAAGAAAAAUCUGAGGAUCUACCUUUUGAAUUUAGGGCACUGGAGUUGGCUGUGGAAUUGACAUGCACAUCUUUAGAUUCUCAGGUAAAAGAUCUGGAAAUGGAAAUAUAUCCUGUAUUAGAUGAACUAGCCUCAACUAUCAGUACUCUCAAUCUAGAACGUGUUCGAAGAUUUAAAGGUCACCUCCUUGCUUUGACUCAGAGAGUUCAGAAGGUUCGUGAUGAAAUAGAACAUCUCAUGGAUGAUGAUGGUGACAUGGCGGAGAUGUGCCUGACCGAGAAAAGGAGAUCAGAUACUUACCUUUCAAAUGAUGGUUUCCAGACUCGUACACCAGGUACAGAGACUUCAAAAUCCGCUCCUGCUUCACCUGAGCGAUCACUUAGUGGGGUCCAGAUAUUGCAAAGGGCAUUCAGCAGUAUUGCAAAUUCUAGUAAACAUGGUAGUUCAAUAGGUUCGUCUGAUAAUGGUGAAAGGAUUCAGCCACUGGAAAUGUUGCUGGAAGCAUACUUCGUCGUCAUUGAUAAUACUCUUAACAAAUUAUUGUCGCUCAAAGAGUAUAUUGACGACACAGAAGAUUUUAUCAACAUAAAAUUGGGAAAUAUUCAAAACCGCCUGAUACAGUUUGAGUUACUUCUUACAGCAGCUACAUUGGUAGCUGCAGUAUUUGCUGCUGUGGCAGGAGUAUUUGGAAUGAACUUUGAAACAACAGUUUUUGACUAUCCAUCUGGAUUCCAUUGGGUUUUGGUAAUUACUGGGAUAGCUUGUGUGGCAUUGUAUUUCUCCUUCCUAUUCUAUUUUAGGUACAAGAAAGUGCUUCCAGCUUAAACUUCAACAGCGAUAAAUUGAUUGUGCAUUACAUCAAAAGCCAGAUUGGUCAAGGUGACCCUUGCAACUAUAUUGAUAUACACAUAUAUCUGCUUGUGGUAGAUAAUCUACACACUUCUUUAACAUUGAAGCUUUGACAAUUUCAUUAAAAAUCAAGACGCCAGUGUUACACUCGAGCAACUGUCCAUGGUGCAGGCCAAGAUGUCUCUAUAAUCCCGUGAUAUUUUGAAGGAGUCAUAAACCUUGCCAUCUCUGCUCUUCUUGUACUCAAACACCAAAUUUGAAUGAUCCAAUGCUGUUAGUUUUACAAAACCAUAAUCAUAGUCUUUAAAGAUGCUCCAUUUGGUUUUGAGGGAUGUAUAUGUUGAAAGGAAUGCCCCAGCACCACCAGCAACAAUGUGUAUGGUCCCAUUUAAGGUUCCCUUAUAAUGGUGUUUCUCAUCAUUAGUGCAGAUAUUCUGUUGCAACAUGUAAAAGAAAGUACUUGUUAGUAUAGAGAAUAUGCAUAUUCUCACCUAGUUGCAGUUUUAAAUGUUGUUAUUAGAUUCUUCUCAUUUUUCUCAAGAACAGCAUAUAGUAAGGAACUUAGCAUUUGAAAUACCUAAUGAUUAACUGUGA